AGCCGUUGGCCGCAUCCCCCGGUGAGGUGAGCAGACCACACCUCCCCUCCCUCUCGUGUCGGAGCCUCCGCCUCGGCUUGUCCCCACCAACCCGCAGCUCGCUCCCACCAAACCCACACCCGAACAAUGGCGUCGGCGUCCAAGGAGGAGGUGAUCGGGAAGCUCAACGUCCGCGUGGUGCGGGGCAACAACCUGGUCAUCGCCGACCCGCUCACCCACACCAGCGACCCCUACGUCGUCCUCCAGUACGGCGCUCAGAAGGUGAAGACUAGUGUCCAGAAGAAGAACCCCAAUCCAGUGUGAAACGAAGUACUGCAGCUCUCAGUAACAAAUCCUACGAAGCCAGUGCACCUUGAAGUUUUUGAUGAAGACAAGUUCACAGCAGACGACAGCAUGGGUGUUGCUGAGAUCAACAUUACUGACAUCUACGAUGCUGCGAAGCUGGACCUGAAGCACGCCUCUGAUGGGACAAGGAUCAAGACGAUCUACCCUGUCGGAGUAAACUACCUUGGCGGCGAGAGCCAUGUUCAGUGGAAGGAUGGCAAGGUGGUCCAGGACUUGAUUCUGAAGCUGAGGAAGGUCGAGAGUGGCCUGAUUGUGGUGCAGCUGGAGUGGGUUCAUGUUCCUGGCGUGAAGCUGUGAAGGCCCUGUCUGAAUGAGGGCUGAUGGAGCUGCAGUUGCUGUGUCCCUGGUUUGAUUGUUUGGUUGUAAACGAUAUCCUGAACGUGGUGAUAUGCGGUGUAUGAGUGAGGUUUGAGUGUGAUGCUUUGUUUGGGGUACUUCCUGGUGACAUGAUGUGGGUAUGACUGCCAAAGGUUGUGGCGCACCAAUAAGAAACGCCCUGUCAGCAUGACAGCAUGUUGUGAGAUGUAAACUAAGACUUUAGAACCUAAAUAUACAGGUGAUUGGGCGUUAAUUGCUUUCA